CGCGCGUCGUCGGCGUCGACGUGGGUGGGGUGGACGGAGGGCGGUUCGCGGCGCGGGCGCGGCGGGCGCGGGCGGACGCGCGGACGAUCGACGCGGACGUCGAGCGGUCGGCGCAGGCGUACGUCGCGGACGAGAGAGAGCUGGAGGCGUUGCGGGUGGAGAUCAAGGCGGCGAUCGGAGGCGCGCUCGGGACGGAGGAUGGAACGGAGAGGCCGAGGGCGAGGUAUUAUCAAGGCUUGCACGACGUCGCGGCGGUCGUCGCGCUGUGUGAUCGUCGAGGCCGGCGUGGACGCGCGAGCGAGGGAUUGAGCGCGGCGAUAAUGGAGAGAUUGGUGCUCUGGCACCUUCGCGAUCACACGCGGGAGGAUUUGACGUCGUCGAUGGAGAUGGUGUCGACGUGGCUCGAUUUGCUCGCGAAAAUCGACCGGGAGGUCGCAAAGGUGCUCAUGGCGACGCCGCCUUUUUACGCGUUGAAAUGGUUCUUGUGCUGGUUCUUGCACGAUGUCGAUGACCUGGUCGUGGCGGUGCGAUUGGUGGACGCGUUCAUCGCGUCGCAUCCGUGGCUCCCGAUGUACGUCGCCGCGGCGCUCGUGAUGGCCAACGCGGACGAGAUUCGCAAGGCGGGCGCUUCGGGAGACGACAUGGACGCAGUCGCGCUGUUGGCCAAGCUCUCCAUCGCAAACGCCAACGAUUCCACGGACGCACAGCUUGCGACGGUGCAGAAGACGCUCGAAGCGGCGUUCAAACUCUUCGAACGGUACCCGCCGAACGCGACGUUUCGCCCGGCGCGAAACUCGGCGGCGACGAGACAUCCGUACCCGUGGGAAUCAUCGGCGACGAAUGCGUACGGGCGCGCACCACUGAGCGUGGAGACGGUACCACACGACCGUCAUCGCCGCUGGCCCUUAUCCACGAUUGACGCCGCCGUGUUCAGCGCGCGCGUGAAGCGCCUGCGCGAUCGAGGUUUGCUCCGCCGAAAGCAACCGCUCCCGGUGUCAACCGUCUCGGUCGACGUCCACUCUCUCUUCGCCGUUCUCACCUUCAUCGUGUUCGUCACGCUCCGCCAGGCCCUGGCUCGAGCGCUCGGCGCGGUCGAUCUCUCGUACGCGCUCGGCGGCUCCGCCGCCGCGGCGACGUCCGCCGCGCUCGGCUUCGUCCGGCUUCGCUCCCCUCGUCCCGUCCUCCCCCGACGCCUCCCUCGCCCCUGA